CGAAGAUGAGUUUGUUCCUCCUCCUGUCAGUCUCUCUCUCUCCAAUGAUAGUGGAUCGCCCUUGUUAUAAAUAGGCGACUUCUUCGUCUUGAGAUUUAGAAUUUGAAGGGGAAAAAAAAAACAGGGAAGAUGGGGAGGAUUGAGUAUCUGAAGAUGAAGACGGAGAAGGAGGCCGAGAAUCUGAUCGGUUCGGAUAUGAACGAGUUGAAGCUUGCGGCGAAGAAACUGUUCAACGACGCCGCCAUGCUCGGUGGCUUAGGCUUCGGCACUUCUUUCCUCAAAUGGGUCGCCUCCUUCGCCGCCAUUUAUCUGUUGAUAUUGGACAGAACGAACUGGAGGACCAACAUGUUGACUUCCCUUUUGGUUCCUUACAUCUUCCUCACUCUCCCUUCCGUUAUUUUCGACUUUUUCAGUGGAGAAAUCGGGAAAUGGAUCGCUCUUAUCGCCGUUGUGGUCAGGCUUUUCUUCAACCGUCGGUUCCCAGAUUGGACGGAGAUACCUGGAGCAUUGAUUCUUCUUCUGGUCGUUGCUCCGAGCUUCUUCGCUGACACCCUAAGAGACAACUGGAUCGGGGCGGCGAUCUGUCUUGUCAUCGCAUGUUAUCUUCUUCACGAACACAUCCAAGCUUCAGGUGGAUUCAGAAACUCAUUCACCCAGAGACAUGGAAUCUCCAACAGCAUUGGUCUCCUCCUCCUCAUCGUCUACCCAGUUUGGACCAUCUUUCUCCAUUUCUUCUAACCCAGAAUGUCCGUUCUGUAUUUGCUGUUCAGAGUGUGAAUUUGCAGUGUUUUUAACAUUCUGAGUAAUGGGUUUGAUGCUUUGAAUGAAAACAUUCAAGAUUUGUUGUGAAAGUUGUGAACUUUGCAAAGUCAUGGCUUGUACUCACGUAAUGAUUGGUUUAUAUAUAUAUAUAUACGGUUUGUACGGUA